AUGGAUUUAAAUUUACUCGGUUACAGGUUUUGUGGUCCGUCCGUGCACCAAGUUGAAAAAUCGAUUAGCACGAGGUGAGCAUGGGAUAAAUAAUCUGGAUGAGUUAGCUAGAUAACACGAUAUAGCGUACGAAAAAAUGUAUUCAUUGAGUGAUAGACAUAAAGCAGAUAAAAUAUUAGAAGACCAGAUUUAGAAAAUUUUUAAAUCUAGAAACAUGGGCAUUAAAGAAAAGGCUGCAACUUGGUGAUGGGGUCCGGGUGUAGUUUCACGCAAGUAGUAACGACAGCUAAAAAGGCGAUUAAAAAUAAAAUCGGUAAAGAUAAUGUCUUUAAAUUAAUAAGGAUGUGUAUGGUAGAAAACAAGAAAACAACAGCGAAAAAUAAAAAAAAAAACCAAAAUUCCCAGAAUUAUACCUAUUCCGAAAAAAGGUGUGUUAAUAUCUAUCUUUGCUAGUUUAUCAGCGUUAGGGUUGCUAAUGUAGUAAAAGUAAUAAACGACUUGAAAGCAAAUAGAAAUAUACCUGUUUAUUAAAGAAAAAGAAUGUAUUUAACGCCUUAUAAAGGCGUAUCGUAUAAAAUAAAAAAAAAGUAAAGCAUUAUAUGUAUCACCACAAAAAAGUGACAGUGGUUCAAGCAAUAAAUCGAGAAAAUGAUCGAAAAACUAAUUUUCACGCUACCCAAUAGAGCACUGUAUGAUUAUUAAAUUAUAAAAUACGCACGUAUGUUGAAAAUACCUCAUGGGCGUCUUAUCUAAAGAUAAGUUGUCUAACAAAAUUAAACAGUAGGAAUCCGUACUACAGUCGUAGCAGCAAGUCGUCUUUCAGUGCUCAUUUCUCUGACUAUACAUUUUUACAAAGCGUUUAAAAAAUCUUUAAGUGUUUAAAUAUUUCUGACUUAUUUAAAAAGUAUGAAUACGUUGCACCAACAUCAUCUCUGAAUUUCGCCGAAUGUUCUUCAUUCGCUAUCAAUUUUCUAUCACGAAAUAUUCUGCACGUGAGGCUUGAUACGACUCAACACAUAGUCAUCCUGAUAAUCACGCCGGCUAGACACAUACUUAUCACUGUAUCACUUAUCACUUUUUCAAUGUAUAUCUUAACCUAACCUAACCAACGGAGGGGUAUGUAGACGAUUAUAAGAUAACACAGAUGAAAUAUCACUUGUUUCUUCCUUACUCGAAUACGGAAUUUUCAAAAAGCGAUGAGAUUAGAAUAUCUAUUUAAAAUAUGAACGCGUACACUCUAUCAUGUGAGAGUUACUUGUUUAUUGAAGGAAAUGUUUACAAACUGGACAACGCGGUAGGAGAUAUAAAUUUUACAAACAACGGGUUGGCUUUCCUAUUCUCCGAAAUAAUAUACGAACUAAAUGAAGUAGAAAUACAAACAUUUUUCUCACCGAGUAUACCUUCAACUCUGAAAAUAUACUGCUCACUGUAGUAAUCUGGUAUUACUACUAUUCUUCGACGGGUAUCCUAAACAGAACCCCUAUAUAUAUUUUUAUACUCAUUUAAAUUCGAUUUAUAUAAUUUUACGUAAUUAUUAAGUUUUACUCUUGUUGUAUUCUAAUCGGUGUUCGAGGCUAUAGUAAUAGGUGAUAGUUGUUUUAAUUUAGAAUAUCUUUUAUUUUAUAGUUGAUAGUUAUUAACUUGUUCACGGGAUUGACUGUUGUAAGACAACAUGACUAGCAGGACCUGGGGGAGAACCGCUUUUUGAGAACCAUGCUCUCUCUCGGAGGUCCUGUUAGGUCCACAUUGGGCGGCACCACUUACAAUUAGUAGUAUAUAUAUAAAGCGCCGUUCUAGUAUAAGAUUAGUCUUGGAUAAGACUUUGACUAGAUUUAGCCAGACUUAGUUUGUUUAAAACAUAGAGCGACCGUUUGAAUCGUUCUCUUGUAUGGAACUCCUAAAUUUUACCACAAUCGCGGAAGAGAAUUGCGUCACGGGUAAUUUUGUCAAUAUAUAGUUUUGAGUCGAACUAACCAGUCACAUACAUCACACGAUUUGUAUGAACUCGAAAACGCUGGCUGGAACUUGGAUAACGAUGACAGAAUAAAUUUAAUAGAAAAAAGAUAAAUUUUCCGGUUGCAUCCCUCUCAAAUAUUUAUUCGGAUUUUUUGAAGAUUAUAAAAAAAUAUCUGUUUCGACCAACUCAUGUAGGUUCAUACAGGUUCUUACAGGCAAGAAACACAAAACUAUUAAUGUGUUUACUACAUUUUAUUAUCUUACAUUAGUAGUAUGAAAAAAACAAUUCUAGGCCAGGUGCCUGAUCCUGAUCCUGACCAGGCGUUAUAUCUGUACAUGGGCGCCAUACUAGGCGCUAUGCUUUUACAUGGCCGCCCGAAUUAUCCACCUCUUCAUCGGCAUAUAUUUUCCUCCCAUCCCCUUUGUCAAUUAUACCAACCGUUAUCACGACUGUACUUUCAUUUAUCAUAUUAA